ACAUUACGAAAUGAUACAUAACACGUGAAAUUUUUGAGGUUGUGGUUUUCAAGGUUAAAUUUGUUUUACUUUUAUUCUCGAUUAAAUUUGUAUUAUUUGGAGUCUAAUUUGGUGUCGUUGAAUAAUUUUGUAUCGCAACUGUUUCAUUGAUAUUUAUGUUUGUGUACUCUUUCUUAUUGUCAAUAAAUAAAAAGUUAAUAUAAAUAAUCGUUAAACAAUGGAAGGAACAAGUAAAAAAGGAAAUAAAGUAUGGACUGAUGACGAAAGAUUAAAACUUGCUUCAAAAUUAGACGCUGAACUCGAUGAAUAUAUUAGUAAUUUGGAAAAGAAGAGCUAUACUGAAGGAUGGCCAGAAGAUCGGUGGGAAGAGGAAAUGGAAAAACAUCCAUUUUUCAUGAAAAAGACACCGGAACCUGGAGAAAAACUUUCUCCAUUGAUGGAAGGUUUACAACAGCUCAAAUAUGGGGAAGAUGAGAAUACACCUGAGGAACUUGCAAAUAAUUAUAAGGAAGAUGGAAAUUUCAAUUUCAAGUAUAAAAAUUAUAGAUUAAGUAUUCUGAGUUACACAGAAGGAAUAAGAACUAAAUGCAAAGAUAUUGACUUAAUGGCUCAGCUUUAUAAUAAUAGAGCUGCUGCACAUUUUAUGUUAAAAAAUUAUAGAUCAAGCUUAAAUGACUGCAAGCUUGCUUUGAGGUUAAUACCAAAUUACACAAAAGUUUUGAACAGAGCUGCCACUUGUUGUUUUCAUAUGAAAGAUUACAAACAGUGUAUUGACUUUUGUAAUCGGAUACUCCAUAAAUCUCCUAAUGACGAGAUAAUAUUUCAUUUAAAAUCACAAGCAGUAAUUGAAGGAGAACGUCUGAAAAGAGAUAAAAGAAAACAAGAUAGAUUAGAAAAGAAAUUAAAUAAAGAAGAAGAAGAAUUACUAAAUGUAAUAAAAGAAAAAGGUGUUAAUUUAGAAUCGAUCAAAGGGAAAAGAAAUCCAACUUUAAGAGAUCUAGAACCUCAAAUUCCACAAGAGGCACAUUGUAGUUCUUAUUUGGAUGCACAAAAUAAACUCGUUUGGCCAGUUCUGAUUUUAUAUCCUGAAACAAAGCAGACAGAUUUCAUACAAAAUUUUCAUGAGGAUACAUUGUUCAUAGAUCAAUUAGAAGAGCUGUUUAAUGAUCCACCUGAGUGGGACUCACACAAACGUUAUACUCCUGAAAAUAUAAAUGUUUAUUUUGAGGAUAAAGAUAAAUGUUCUCUGCAUAAAGUGGACGUCGAUCAGUCUCUAGGGCAAAUAUUGAAGCACGAGCGACUUAUAAUUCGCGGGGGAACGCCGAUGUUUUUAGCACUUGUUAAAUCCAGUCAGGCGGAGGUGGGAUUUUUAGCUAUGUAUAUGUCGUAAAUAGAUUUAUAAAGAAGAUCUACACACCUAUUAAUAUAAUUAGAAUUAAUUAGGUAAACUCAUAUAAAUUGAAGAAGUGGAAUCCAAGAUCCGUUUUAAUUAUUUUAUAUAUUUUCAUAUACUACAUAAAUUGUUUGCAUUUUUAUAUUUUCAAAUUUCUCAUAAAUUAUACAAAUUUACAAUCUAGUAAUAAUUAUUAGUGCUCUUAUCAAAUAAAGUUUAAAAAGCAUUUUUCCUUAUUGAAUCAAGAAAUGCUUUUGUGUACUUUUUUACGAAACUUUUUAAAAGAGUCGCAUGUGGGUCCCACUUCAUAUUAACCGUAGAAGGGACCGAUAUAGGUAAGAUAAUUGAUCGAGCAGUGGUGCCACCUGUAGCCUGUAACACCUGCCAGAGCCAGAUGGGCAUAAAGACUCAGGGCCUCAGUCAGAAAUUCAGUUCAAGAGACGCUGUAGAACGUGUGUAUGCGUCCCGAAACGGUUACUCUUCUAAUUGUUACGACUAAAUUGUGCUAAUAUAGUGACGAAAAAGUGUUGUGCCAGAGAUACGAUCGAAACGAUCGGAAAUCGGUCCUUUAUCGGUGAUGCUGAAGGUUAUCUGGUUCAAGUUUGAAUUGUGAAACAAGAGGACCUUUACAGCGUGGGAGAGAAGCGGAACGGGACACAAACGAUGCCAAAGCAAUGCAGGCAAAAUUUUGUCGUAAAAAGAGGAACAAGACCACAGUACAGUGAAAAGAUACAUGCAAUGCAAUUUAAAUUUAAAGAAUUCUAACUUAUUGUUAGUUUUAUUAAAGAUUUAAGAUAAAGGGAUUUGGAAGGAAAAAUUUCUGUUUGAAACUUUUAGUUUACAAAAAAACGAACAAGAUUGGAAUACAAUAGAAAAAAAUGUUCAUACGAAAUUUUUAAUCAUAAAGUACUUAAAUGCAAGAUUCUAAUUUAGAUAUACUUAAGAUUCAAGAUGAAAGAAUUUGCAGGGAAAAAUCUCUCUUUUGUCCGUCUCCAUUUUGACACAACGUGAAACGGUGAGAGGAAGAAAAGAUCACGCUGCACGUCGUCGUCGUCGAGAAAUCUGGACUCCGAGCGGUAUUCGAGAAGAAUUCCGAAGCAUCGUGGAUACAAAAUCGCUUGACAUUCUGCACAAUAACUUGCGGUAAAAAAAAAAAAAAGAAAAAACAAACGAAAGAAAUAAAAAGAGAAAAGAAAGAAAUAAUUCGGUCCAAAAGGUGAAACACGAUAUAUGGCUUGACACAAUUUCAGACUCGUACAUGUGCUGAUCGUCCGUCGCAGAUUCUGCAGUUUAUUACAAGAUCGAAGAAACGACCAGAGUCCAGAAUCUCGGAGUUUUUUCCCUUCUCUUCUAAUUCCGGCAUAGUCCUUAGCUUAUCGCCGAGCCUAUACUUAUUGCCACUCGUGGCACCUCUCUGAUGCAAGAAGUGUAUCGGAUAAACGGAGAGAGAAAGAGAGAGAGAGAGAGAGAAAGAGAGAGAGGAGUUCGUUAAGCUUUUUACGAUUUUCACCGGAACGAACGUGGUCCAAUUAAUGCGAUUACUAUGCGCCGGAAGCUUCGCGUUGUCGUAACGGGCACGUUCAAAUUUUAAUUCGAAAAGAGAAUCUUAAUAGCUCUUUGGGAUUUUAACCUCGUGCUUGGUAAAGAACGCUUCGUGUAGCUAAGUGGUCGUUAAAAGAUAGAAAGGUAGAGGAAAGAAAAGGAAAAAGAAAGGGGGUCGAGGGAGGAGAGUGAAGGAUUCAAGGAUAUGACAUGAAAAGCAGCGCGAGAAUAUUCAUGAAAAAAGAGGAUACUAAGGGACCGUUAACUUUAGAAGGAUCUCCCUUUACUAUUCAAAGCAGCUGGGAGGGAAACAUACGCGGGAAAACAACGACAAGGCCACGCUUCACUCUUACAUGCAAAUUACAACGUUUCUAAGUUAACUGGAAACUGACGGUGGUCAGAGGGUUGGAAACUUUUAGACACGUAUAUGCGAGCACACUUAAUUGACAAUUAAGCGGGAAAGAAGCGGAGAGGGGGCGACUUUCUCAUUUAGAAUACCCGCAGCGUGGAGCAGAGGAUCUUACGGGAAAACAAUCUCUCCUGCACACGGAACGGACGGUCCCAGUGAAAAAUUCAAUUGCUGGCUUGAAUCACGUCCCUUGAUAAAGAAUCGCCGGAAAGGAAUUUCCGUUCGGGCGCCAGAAGGGUUCCUUUUUAUUCCUCUCCCUUUCUCUCUCUCUCUUCUCUUUCUUACUGCUCUUUCUUCGACUGCCGAAAGAAUAACCAGCUCCAGUUUCCUUCAUCCGACGAAACGGAUCCACCUAAAAUUUUUAUUGAUAGACCAUCGAAUACCUCUUUGCUCAAAAGAAAAGUAAUCUCGAUCUUGAGGAACGUUUGAAGGAACCAAGAAAGCGAUCAAUCAUUCAGACACUUGUUACGCGGUUCAUCAAAAGGUUAACAACUGUGGCGAGAGAGAAGUCACGAAGAACUAGAAAGAAACGCAACUAAGUUCGACUUCGAUCUUGUGAGGAAUUAUAGAAAAACUAGCUGUUACGGUGCUGUACUUGUAUAAUUUAGAAAAAAAAAGAGAGGAAAAGGAAA